UCUGGUGGCGCCUCCUCCUCAUCCUCUUCUCCCGGGUCACCUCCGGUUCUCCUCGGCCCGUGCACCUCCUCUCCCCGGCCUCCCUCCGGUUCCUCCCCGCCUCGCACACUCACCCACAGCCGGAGAUCGAGCCUCUUCCGCGGGAGAAGCGACCAUGAACGACACGGCGCUGCGCCUGGUGGAGUUCGGCUUCGAGCAGAGCUUCGAUGAACGUCGAGCUCUGGAGUGGAUGCAGGAAAACUGGAGCAAGUCCUUCAUGUUCUGCGGCCUGUACGCGGCGCUGGUGUUCGCCGGCCAGCACUUCAUGAGGGAAAGACCGAAGCUGAACCUGCGGCGCCCCCUGGUGCUGUGGUCGCUCAGCCUGGCCGUGUUCAGCAUCAUCGGAGCCAUCAGGACCGGACUCUACAUGACGCACAUCCUGGCGACCAGCGGCUUCAGACAGUCCGUGUGUGACAUCAGCUUCUACAGCGCCCCCGUCUCCAAAUUCUGGGCCUACGCCUUCGUCCUGAGCAAAGCGCCCGAGCUGGGCGACACCAUGUUCAUCAUCCUGAGGAAGCAGCGCCUCAUCUUCCUGCACUGGUACCACCACAUCACCGUGCUGCUCUACUCCUGGUACUCCUACAAGGACCAGGUGGCGGGCGGCGGCUGGUUCAUGACCAUGAACUACGUGGUCCACGCCUUCAUGUACACUUACUACGCGGCGCGGGCCGGCGGCGUGCGGGUUCCCCGUCCCUUCGCCAUGAUCAUCACGGCCACCCAGAUCCUGCAGAUGGUGAUGGGGCUGACGGUGCUGGGCCUGGUUUACUACUGGAUGCACGAGGUGCGCUGUCCGUCCAACAUGGACAACGUCACAUGGGGCUCCAUGAUGUACCUCAGCUACUUGAUCCUCUUCGCCUUGUUCUUCUACAACUCCUACCUCAGAGGCGCCGCCGGCGCCAAAGGCUCCAAGGCCGAGUAGAGAUCCUGACCGUCCCGUCAACGUGUGCCAACCGCAGAGAUGACCGACAGGGAGGGGCCAUGAAUGUGUGAGUCACGGCUGGUGAACAGGCUCCUCCUCUUGUUACGUCAUCAUCCACUGACUUUUAAUACCCGUCUGUUGCUCUAAACACUGACACAUCAUCCACUGACUCAGCCGGAGCGAGGAGGCGGGGUCUGACUCGGCACAGUUUGAUAUUCACAGUGAUUAUAGAAUCAUGAGAGUCCAUGUCUCACUUCAUCUAAUCCUAUGAAAGACAAGAAUUUGUCUGAGGUGAUGAACACAUGUUUUUAUGUUGUAAUGAAAAGGUGAAAAAUCUCUGAACUAGAACAAACUGUUGUAAAAUAUUGAAGGAUUCGUUCCAGAUUUUGUGAAAAACACUCGAUCGCGCUCUUUCUCAGCCUGGAGGGGGUUAGCUUAGCUUAGCAUAAAGACUGCAAGCAGGAGGAAACUGCUAGCCUGAAAAAAAAAACAAAGAACAUUUAAAUUGAAUGCUAAAAACAACAAUUCUUCAUUUUAUUCUCUCGCGUUGCAGAACUGACUCAUGACAUUUGAAUCCGUCCGCCGACUGCAUCACAGACGUAGAUUUUCAAGAAAUUACAUAAGCGCAAAUUUUUCGUUGUUCAAUUCUCUCCAUAUAAUAGUUUGUGCAUAAGAACCCAGAUGCAUCUAGGUUCUAUUCAUCACUUUGCCAACAGCUUCCCCCUGAUUUCAGUCUUUCUUUGAAUUAAGCUCCAGUGACUUCAACCUUCUCCUGAACGCUGGGAAAGAACAACCAACCAGUUUAUUUGCUCAAAAUGUGGAACUACCACGUGUUUUAGCCUUUAGCACAACUGUAACCUGCAGGAUAGUAACUCUAUGAAAAGGGAAUGAAGACUUCAUGUGCACUGAAAGUCACAGUGGGGGUCAACACACACACACACACACACGCACACACACACACACACACACACACGCUAGGGAAACAAGCAGGAGGAUCCGUUGAACUCUGAGUGUCGAGCACAUUCCUUAUCUCAGAAUCGUCUGAGAACUUCUAGGAACUGGGGUUUGCUGUCACAUCGUGUGUUUACAUUCUUCUUUCUGCCUUCUUGUCCUCACUUGAGACAUUUACACUGAACAAUGAGUUCAUUAAUGACGAGUUUGAAUAGGUGGAGCUGCCAUAGAUACAGAAUAUAUAUUCCAGGAGCUGGGAGUGAACGUCUCUGUGAACAAAGGAACUCUCUUUAUCAGAUGGUUGAUUCCCUGUGUGUGAAGGCACUCCCUCAGUUAUAAAUAGAUUCAAACACAACCUUUAUUAUGGCUCCAUUCAACACCUCCGUGCUCUUCAGAAGACGUGUGGAUGAAAAGAAGAAGUCUUAUUUAUACAUUAAUCGUGAUUUCAUGCCGUAAUACAACCUCAGCAAUCAAUCAGCGAUGCACUUAUACUUUGAAAUGAAGGAUAAUAAAUUAACCAGUGUACUCAAAGUACAGAUUUUAGAAUGAAAAACUACUAAACAUUAACUGAAAAGUAACCCAGCACUUCAUAAACUUUUAUGAGUGAUUAAAUGAAACACUCAGUGACAUCAUUGUUAUUUUCUUAUCUUGUUAUGUUUUUGUCACAAAGGAUCGAUUCAUUCCUCCUGGGGAAAUAAAGCCGUGUAGAUCAAAUCUAAAAUAACCUGUAAAGAUCGUAGACGUUAACGUGUUGGUCUGCAGCGAGCAGACGGGACCUGGGGAUGAAUCUGACUGAGGUUCAGGGGAAAGGGGUUCGAAUGUGUUUCCUUGUGUUCACACUGUAUUCUGGGCCUUUAUGUCUUUAUUGGAUAAACGGACAAGCAGCUGAGGUCUGGACACAAACUGGGGACGUUUCCGUUCAGUUGUUUGCUGUAAAAACAACCAGUUGUACAUGUUGGGGUUUGGGUUUUUGAUUUAUCUCCAUCUAAUGAAACCACACUUUGCUUCGUGCUCUGUGGUUUGAAGGUUUAACGCUGUUGUUCCAGUUUUAUUUGUCUGUUUGUGACCUUCGACCUCAGGCUGUCGUUCGUCCAACUAUCGAUCACACGAAGGAUUUUUUCCCGAGGCUCAGAAGAGGAUGAAGGUUCUCACUGUUUCACAAGAACAAUCGAAACAGAAUUUAAUGUGACUGUAUUUUAAAGUAUUAUUGAUAUUAUUAAUCAUCUUCUGAGCGGGUUGGGGAUUUAUUUGUGAGGUGCACACGUUCUCAGCACUUUGAACAGUUUGUGAACGGGAGGAGGCAGAAAACAUCCGGCCUGUGGAUUUUGUGUAAAUUUGAAGAAAGGCGGUGAACGUCCAUCCUGUGUUCUCUCUCUUCUCUUUUUUGAUGUACUGUCGAGUCCGUGCUGUCGAUUCCCGUGGUGCAGAUGAAGAAACCUGGUCUGAGAAGGAUUCUAGCGUGCUUCCUGUUCUCUGAGGUGCUGACUGUGACUCGCUGUGCGGACAGAGAAGCUGGGAUCAGUCCAGCUGCUCAGGAGGACGAGGCGCUGCAGUGUGUCCCUUGUAAAUAAAGUGUGUAUUUAUUUUCUCGUAGUGGAAACCGUUCUCCAGCAGAUCUGACGUGUAGAUGUUUUUACCAGGAUUGUGCAUCAGUGUUUCCUCCAUCCAGAUGUUCAUGCGUUUCUACAUUCCACACAUCUGCUGGCCAACCACCUCCGCCUCUUCACUGAUAAGAGACGGCUGAUUGCAGGAGAACUCUUAAAGCCAUUGACACUGAACACGCAGAGAGGUUUUCUGUUGUGGGUUGAAUUUGUGUAACAUGAUGUCGUCCUGGUGUAUUUUUUUUUGUGUUUCAUGCUAAUGUCAAACGAAGCUUCUCCAUCUUGAAUGAAAACACGAGUUGACCACUAUGACUGUUAGUUCCGUCCGCGGCAGCUGCUGGUGUCGGAGGAGCUGCGGUUCACACUCGUUGUGUGUCUGUUGUGUUGAUGUAGGUGAACUCACUGAAGGUCGUUUCGAUGUCUCGGAGCCUGAAGACAUUCACUGUAUAACAGCUCAGAGUCAAAAUCACUGGAGGAGUCGACCACUCGACAAACUUGAUGCUAUUCUGAGUCAUUUCUGUGCCAAACAAAGCUUCUGCUGUUAUGUUCUCUACCUUGGUUUAAUGUGAGCCCCCCCCCCCUUGUGGAUUCUGCUGUCUACUGCACCUGAAGGGAAAUGACAGUUUAAGGGCUUCUGAUGUUGAAAUGUUGUUAUAAUAAAUACUAAAAUAAA